UGACCCACUUUCUCCACCCGGACGGUUCCUCCUGCUCCUCCCUCGUGAAGCUGCAGCCAGGAAAUUGUGGUUGCAUAGCAAGUUUUACAUCUUUGGUGCAAAGUUUGGAGACGUGUUGCUCAGCUGCUGUCUGCUGUAAACUCAUAGCCCUAACGAACUUGAGUGGGGAGGGAAAAAAAGCACACAUUUUUCCUCAUCGCUGUCCAGGUGGCAACACUAACGGCUCAACAUGUCGGUCGCAGGAUUGAAGAAGCAAUUUUACAAAGCAAGCCAGGUAAACGCGCUACUUUUUAAACAGUCAUGUUAGCUUAGCUAGCCGUCCUGGCUAGCUUUGUUGUCGGCACUUUUAUUGAAAGUUUACACCAACUUUAAGCAAGUCGACAACAAAGGCAAAUGUAUUUUUUGUUACUGGUUUUGCUUAUUCAGAACUCACUGUAUCUAACGCUCUAUAUUUUAGGAGGUACGAGAGUAGUCAGCUCAAUUAUUGUUGAGCUCUUUAACAUCUGUCAAAUGUGAAGUAGCUCCCUGAUAACGCCAGCGUUAGCCUGUAAGUCAAAUUAGCUUACGGUAAUCUAAAGGCUAAGUAAGUUAAAGUCAACGUUAAGUUGCCAGUAUCACCAUUUGCUUCAUUAUUGGUAUGUGUGCUCACUUCACGCAUCGAGAUACUUUACUUUGAGUUUAUUUGAGUUGUCGUCUUUUAGUUAGCAUGGACCAAAUGUUUGUGAUCUUUCAACGACUAUUUUAACCCCAUAAAUGGCGAUAGCAAUACGUAUUUAUCGGACAUUUACCCUGAUAUUUGCUGCUUUACAUUUGAUGGAGAUACUAUAGAUAGAUAGGGUUGGAGGUGAGUAUGGCCCUAUGCUGUUUUGGUAUGUAAACAGCAGAUACACCCAUCACUGAGGUUAUUGUGGUUGUUGUGCAAACUGAUGUUGAGGUUUGUGUUCUCUGACCUCCUGGAUUACACAAUAUUUCUCAUGGCAAGUUGUGUUGUGUAUAGUGCACAUCACAAGUUUUUACAAUACAUGUAUCUGCUGUUAGCAUCUUUAAUUUUCCCUGUUAAAGGAUCUGAAUAACCUGUGAACAUCUCCAGCUCUCUGAUCAUGUCAUGACAUGCAUAUAUAUGUAAGUUUCUUAUUGAGAUACAUUUAUGAUUCAAAGGUCAUGAAAUAAACAGAAAAAGGACACCAAAUUCUGAUUAAGUAUUAUGAAAACUUAAUAUACAAUAAUCAACUAUAACAUUAUGAGGUAAUCCAAUACAUUCCAAUGCAACAACUCCUCCUCAAGUUUCACUUUUGCUUAUCUUCAAAGUUUCAGUUUUUGUUGCUAUGAUCAGAUGGGUCACUGACUUCAUAUUGUUAUUGAUGAGAUAGUGAGUAGCACUAUAUCAAAAGGCGGUUAUUAACAUAAGGAACCCAAGCCUUGUCAUUACAGAUUUCAAGACAAUGACAGAAGUAUGACUGUACUUUAUUAAUCCCUAAGGAGAAAUUCAAUUGUCUGUUGUCUCACAUAAUAUGUCUCUAAAAGUUAUCUGUUAUUUACACAAGAGUUGUACAGUCUGAUGGCUGUUAGUACAAAAGAUCUCCUGAAUCUUUCUGUCCUGCAGCAAAGAGAGAGGAGACGUCCACCACCAUUGGCCUUUUGGUCCAUCAAGGUGUUGUGAAGUGGGUGAUCCAUGUUCUUUAGAAUAGUCUCCACCUUCCUCAGUGUAGAUCUCUACACCAUAUUCUCCACUGAGUCCAGCUUGAGUCCAACCACAGAGCCAGCCUUUUACACCAGUUUGUUAACCAGUUUUAUAACCAGUUUGUUAAAGUGGGCCCCUUAAGUGAGAAACUCCUAAAGACACUGCAACAGAGUUGGGACAGUUGCAUUUUAGUGAAUUCACAUCGUGUACUGUGCAGAUGCUAGCUUCCUGUUCAGUGGGUGUGUCAUGGAAUCCUAGUUAUGUGAAAUGUCCAAACAGACCAGCAUUUGGUAUUUAAGUAAUCGUACAAGGACAGAUUUAGUUGGUAAGUUUACAGAAGUGAUAGCAAACCACAGAUAAUGUCACCUACCAUCUCCCACUGCAAAAACCUCAACUCUUGGGAUUUACAGUAUUUAAAAUAUAUGGGCCAUGAACUGAACAUCCAGCCUGGUGUGAGACCAUGCCUCUCUUACAAGUGUUCUGUCUUGCUAGUCAGGCUCUGAAAAGAACAGGGUGGAGUAGAGUAACCAGUCAUCUGAGCUGCCUAACAAGAUCUAUUUCAUAAAGCCGUAAAACAAACUUGAUGAAAUCAGUGAUCAAACAGAGUAAUAAUAAGCUAGGUCAGGCAAACAAAGAAAGCUGACACUGUGCCCUCAAUCAACAGUCUGCUCAUUCAGUCUAUUAGACAGAAUUAUUCAGUGACUUUUAACCUUGGCGACACUUCAACCAAAGCUGGAUCUUUUAAUGUUGUUUUUUAAUAGGCUUUCAUGACUUUAAAAAGGUGGACAUACUUAAAAGCAUAAUAUUUUAUUUACAAUAAACCAACUUUUUUCAAGAAGCAUUUUAUAUUGUAUUCUAUAUCAUACAGGUCAAAGGUAAUUUUUUUGCAGUAAUUAUGGUACAUAGAGCCCAUGGAAGCAAGAAUACAAUUAUUUUGAUUGGAAUACCACAUAUACAGUGCAGUGUUGUUUUCGUCAGGCAGGACGAAAACUUAAAUGACGACGUCAGACCCCUUUUUUCCUUGACGAAAAUGAGACUAAGACGAACGUCACCAAAGCUCUGUAAAGACUAAAAUGUGACGAAAAUUGUAUUCAUUUUCGUCAUACGAGAACGAGACGAGACCAAAUUGUUAUUAGGUGGACGAACAAAGUUUCAAAACAUGCUUUUUUUUGUCCUAACAGUCACGUCCCCAUCACACACGCACCAAAAGCCUCGCUCGCGCACAGCUGCGCGCACACACUCAUACACAUACACAGUGCGGUAGGUGGACGAGGCGCGCACACACACACACACACCGUGGCGGCAGGCACAGCAGCGGUGCCCGGUGGCCGAAAAAAGAGGGAUGCUUUAUGGUCCUCCUUCAGAUACAGUCCAAGUGACAAUAAAACACAAUGUCUUGUACGGGGAGACGAGACAGACGACAGUUGUGGAGCCACAGCUUCCUCAUGCUGCGGCUUCAAACUGUCGGGAAAGAACACCACGAACCUCAAAAGGCACCUUUUUGUCGACUAAAACUAGACUAAAACUUUUGAGCUUUCGUCGGACUAAAACUAGACGAAAACUAUCAAGGAUAGAAAUGACUAAAAUGGGACUAAAACGAAGAAGCAUUUCGUCAAAAUGACUAAGACUAAAACUAAAUCUAAAAUGCCUGCCAAAAACAACACUGAUACAGUGACGACUUGUCUUGCUAUCUAUUAUAUAAGCAGGAGGGUUGACUGAUCUAUGCCAUCCUACACUUUCAUGUGUGGACUAGUUGUGACAGCUGCACAGAGUUGAACUAAAUGAGAAACACACGUAUACACAAUGAGUCUCUGUUUCAGCCUGCCAGCCAACUGCACAGGAGUUUGUUACACAGGUUAAGGGUUGGAGAACAUAUGUGCUGUGUGUGAGUGAAGAUAUGCAUAAGGGAGGGAAAGAAAGCAUGUGUGUUUAGUAAAAGUAUCCAUGGAUAGGACUCUAGAAUAGGAAACUGCAGUGUGUGCUGACCUGACGGAAACAAGGAAAAGCCUUACUGCAAGUCCUAAUGAAACAGAUGUUCUUGGCACACAGUGGGGUUUUCAGUAUUCAGUUCAAUAUGAAAACUCGAGGAGGUCCACCUGUGAUGGAAAACGUUGGCAUGUCUUGAGCUAAAGUGCCAAGCCAGGAAAACAGUCAACAUUGGAAGAUGUUUGAUGUCCAUUGAAUUUGUAACAGAAAAUCUGAGUCUUUUUGACAACACUGUGCUAAAAUGUUUUUGAGCCAGCUGCUGACCCAGUGUCAGGUUUAAAAAUUAUAUUUUACUGUAAACCUGUUUCCAGAGAGUGUAACUGAAGAGAGAAACACAAUAUUCACAAUAUUAUUAAUGCUCCACUUUCAAUUUAGAGGAUCCAGUCAAUCGUAUGUGUCCUGCAAUGUUGAUAAUAAUAAGAAUAAAUUUUAUUUCUAACGCACAAAGACGCUAUACAAAAAAAGAAAAAAAUUAAAAUACAGAAAAUUUGAAGUAAUAAAACCAACAAUGUAAAUGGUUAAAAAAGACACACUAUAAAAAGACAAUAAAAGAAUCGUUCACAGGUUAAAAGCCAAUUUAAAAAGGCGUGUUUUUAGGAGUGAAUUGAAAGUAUGGGGGUCUGUACAGUCUGGGAUGGGUUUGGGGAGUGAAUUCCAGAGGGUGGGGGUGGCAGCGGAGAAGAGGGCAGUUUUCUCCCACGUGGAUUUACAUGAAUAAUUACCAAUGAGAGACCUGUUGAUAAGCUCUUAAUUGAUUUGUGUUCGCAGAUGGUGAGCGAGAAGGUUGGAGGUGUGGAGGGAACCAAACUGGAUGAAGACUUCAAGGACCUUGAAAGGGUACACGGAUUGCAGAACAUUAAAAUAUAACACUAAUAAUAGAUGUUGAAAAAAGUUUGUGUGUUUUUAAGAUUAGGCGGUCACAGCCAAGUUUCCUUUAUUUCCAAAAAUGCUCUGGGAUAAACACAUGCGCAGGAAAUGCUCACAGGUAGUAAUUAUUAUCUCUUUUUCAACUUUUCCACCAGAGAGCAGAUGUGACCAGCAGGGCAGUGGUGGAAGUCAUUAAUAAAACAUCAGAGUACCUCCAGCCCAACCCAGCAACAAGAGCGAAGCUUUCCAUGCUCAACACCGUGUCCAAAAUCCGCGGGCAGGUGAAGAGUCCUGGCUACCCCCAGCCUGAGGGUCUCCUGGGGGAGUGCAUGACCAAGUAUGGACGGGAUAUGGGCGAGGAAACUAACUUUGGUAAGACAGUUUAAGGACGAGAUGGGGGUUAGAAGAAAUGCUUGAAAACCAACCCACCUCUGGGUGUGAUUGUUUAUUGGGUUACCAUACUUAUAGGUAUGUGCUUGUGUAUUAUUUUUUUAACCACCCCCUUAUUACAGAGUUAGUGGUUAUUAUGAACAUCCCUCAUGGUUUCCUACAUUCCCUGACUCUGGUAUGUUGUGUGUGUUUGUGCACUGAAGGUGGAGCAUUAGUAGACAUCGGGGAGUCAAUGAAGAGGAUGUCAGAGGUCAAGGACUCCCUGGAUAUUGAUGUGAAGCAGAACUUUAUUGACCCAUUACAGGCAGUUGCUGAGAAGGAUGUCAAGGACAUUCAGGUAAAAUCAAAGCCCGAGUACCGCUCUGCACAUUCAGAGCCUAUUCAGAAAGGGGGGAGAAGGGGGAGGUGUCACCCUUCCUGGUGCCCCAUCUCCGGAAAAAAUAGCACCACAGAAAAGCCCUCUUGGAAACCUUUGUGGUCGAUAAAACAGUCUAAAAUGUGAUCUGGAUGCUCUUACACUAAUUGAUUCAAUGUAAACAAAGUGCUCUUGGGAUGCCUUUUGAGUAAAUAAAAUCUCCCCUCAGAUGCCAUUCUAGUGGUCACAUUAUAAACUGUUUUAUCAGUAUUUUGACAUAAUUAUUUGCUAAAUAGUAGCAGUAGUAAUAAUUUAUUUAUUUAUUAUGCAUAAUGGAUAUGCAUAAUAAAAUGCUGUUAGGGCAGUAUACCAGUGCCACAUAGCAUACAGCACUACCCCUUUUUUUGUAUUAUUUAUAUCCCUCUCAAACAGCCUGGGUAUACAACUGCUAGACUGAGACUAGCUGCAUCUGUUUUCCUUGAGUAUACCAACUACUAUCAAAUGAUAACACAAGUGUAACAGAGUAGAUCUAAAAUGCAUCUUUUGUAUGAUGCAAAUUUCUCACAACUAUCAUAUAUGAAGGAAAAUAUUAAUAGGUUUUGUGAAACCUAAUCCUCUCAACUGUAUCUCUUCCCCGUCAGCAUCACCUCAAGAAGUUGGAAGGUCGCCGUCUGGACUACGAUUAUAAAAAGAAACGCCAAGGUAAAAUCCCAGAUGAAGAGAUAAGGCAGGCCCUGGAAAAGUUCCAUGAAUCCAAAGAAAUGGCUGAAGGCUCUAUGCACAACCUGCUGGAAACAGAUGUGAGUAGGCUGUAUACUAAAUUCUGCAUGCUUUGCCUUGCAGAUGGCACAUUCAAACCUUUAUGGACUUGUUUUGUUAGUAAAAUACCUAAAUAAAAAAUAUGUUUGUUCUUGGCAGAAUUUUCGAGCCUAGCGGCUCGACCUGCCUAUGCAUUAUGGAUGUGCCAUUGAUUUAUUUAUUUUCAGGAUAUUUUUGAACAAUAGUUAAACUGGGGACUUACAGGUGAAGCACAGGUAUGGAAAGCUUACCGGAAACGUCUGUUGAUCAAAGUGUUAAUGCCCUAAAAAAAAAAAAACAAAGCUCUGUGAAAUCUGUGAUCUCCAACAUUUAACUGUGUUGGAGUCAACUGUAUAACAUACUGCUUCAAUUUAAAGUUGAGCACGAUUAAGGGUAUUACCAUUUUUAAUGACAGGUGGCUAAUUCAGCUUUUAAUCCUUUUUAUUAAGAAUUUCAAAAAUGUCUAAUAAACAAAAAAUACAUGAUAAAAGUUUUUGACAGUUUUGGUGUAAAAGUUUUACAGACACGUCAGGACAUUUCCCACAUUUUUUUUUCCUAAUAGUUUACUUGAUUGUAACAUCGUUAAUACUUUUUUUUGAUAAUCACAGCAAAGAGCAAAUGUAUGCCAAACAAAUGAUGGAUUCAUAACAACAUAUCACAGACAUUUUUUCAAACUCACUGUAUUUUUCACACUAUAAGGCGCACCUGAUUGUAAGGGGCACCAUCAAUGAACACGUCUAUUCGCUCUAUUUUCAUACAUGAGGUGCACCGGAUUAUAAAGCUCAUUAAGCGAAACAAAACAGUCAGUUAAGUCAAACUUUAUUUAACUCAUUCAAUAACUCCAUGUGGCUAUGGUAGCUACAGUGCUCAGACAAGCCAAAAGGAUUUUAAGUGCGCCUUAUAGUGUAAAUCAGCUUUAGCGCUGGCUUUUUGAGCUGUUCAAAGUCGUUGUCUCUAUGGAAACACUGAUGGUAAAAAUCAGGGCCAAUACCAGUGUUUUGGCUAACAAUUUAGCUGAUCCUGAUAUCAGUAUAUUUUUCAUCACCUCUUUUUUAUUAUGUACAGUAUUUGUGUGUUUUUAAAUAAGUGAAGAUGGGUGUACUUGAGCUGUUGCUGUUGGUCCCUCCUCCAAAUGUCACCGGUACAUGUCUCACAAACUGCACUUUGCUGGUCUUUCUCAUAAAUGGUCGAUCAUUCCCCACGCUGCUGACAUUUUUAUAAGUGAUUUCCUCUCGGGGAAACCCUCUCUGGGUUUACCUCCUUUGAGUGACAGCUAAGCCUUUGAUUGCUCUCACCCAGCCUGGCUUGCAGCAGAAAUAUUCGUGUAGCUUAUGUAACUGGUUUUAGUGUACCCGGUAACACCUCAGUGUCAGUCCUUGUAUAUGAUCAACAGGGAUUAACUUCCACCUUUUAAAAUUUCACAAAAAAAACCUGAUCAAAGAUUUUACAACAGGCACUCAGACUGUUUUCAACAUAGCAGAACUUUAUUUUUAAAGUUGCCAGUUUAUCUGGGAAGCCCCCCCCCAACGUAUUCUAUUGUCAGCACAGUAGGUCAAAUGACCUCAGCCUAUUCAGAGUCAGACACGACAGAACCAUUUGCAAGAAAUAAAUGUCUGUGCCAGUAUGAAUCAGUUUAUGAAGUGGAUGAUAGAUGAGUAGGUUUCAAACAAUUGUGUGUGUCUUUGGGGAGCUAAAGUGGUUUCGUUUCAGCUUUUAAGUCAUCUCUUUUGAGCCAAGACUGUAGGGUGUAAGUCAACCAGCUUUAACUUUUCAGUGCAGUGACAGGAAACAAUGUCUAUAAUACAAACAACUGCAGUUAUUCUAAUUGAUCAAAAAGAUUUUGAUUAAUUAUGUAUUUCAAUGGUGCAUUGAUGCAUUUUUUGACUGCAGUUGUCCUAAUAUGUUGUCGAGGAGAGAAAAUCGAGAAGAGCUUAUACCUUAGAUAAACAGUCCUAAGAAACUGAAAAAGGGGAUUUUUUUGCCAUUUUUAAACAACUGAUAAGAUUCAGACUGAUACUUCGUUCACUCAGGUGGCAAAAGCUGUCACUUCUGUCUCCUGAUGCUCGCAGAGUCAUAGUCUUGUUUUUUUUUUCCUCAUUUACUGGCAGAAGCGUGAGCUCGUCAAACCUGUUUUUGUUUUGGCCUUUGUCAUACCUGCCAUCAUAGGAUGUUUUAGAGCUGUUAGACUUUGGGUCAAUGCAAUCAACACUGCUGAUGUGAUCGGAAACGAAUGAGAGGAAUGCGAACAGUGUACUGGUGAAGAAUGCUCUGUCAUUGUGUUUCGCUUAUGCUAUUAUUAAACAUGUGUUUGUGUACUCGUAGGUGGAGCAGGUGAGUCAGCUGUCGUCUUUGGUUGAGUCUCUGCUUCAGUACCACAGACAGGUUGCACAGGUCCUGGAGGAGCUCUCUGACAAACUUAGAGAAAGGUCAGUGACAUGGCUGGUUAUGCAAGAUGGCAGUCGUGAAUAAUGAAUGUCUAGAAGAAACAUUGAUCGCUUUUAAUAACCCAAUGAAACACACUGAGAUUAAUAUUUUGAUUUACUGGCACAGGUAUUGUUUGUUUAUUCUGACAUAUUUGUUAUAACUGGAUUGUUACCCAGAAAAAAAAUUGAUUUAUAUAUUUGAAGUUUUCCCUGGCUGUUACUGUAUUUGUGCACCUGCUACUUGGCAGCUCAUACAAAUGUAUUUUGUUUGUUUGUGUGUCUUUCAAACCCUGAUUGAUCACAGGGUGAGUGAUGCUCAGUCACGGCCAAAGCGCCAAUACACACCCAAGCCAAGACCAGUCUAUGACUACGGAGAUGUGGAACAAUCUAAUGGAGGAUAUUCCCCAGCUGCUUCGAGCCCUCCUUCUUACUCUCCAGGUAACCUUUCUGUUGUAUAUGUUAUAACAGGUGUGUGAGCGUAUGUGUGUCUGUGUCUGUGGAAGGCCUACUCCCCAGAAGGCUUAUGUGUGAACUGAUUUCAUUCCUAAGCCUGACGUGUCUUCCCUUCUGUGACAAAAAGCAGCCCCAGCACAAUAUCCCGCUCCGUCCUUCCAAAGAACCUCCAUCAAGAACAAAGCGCGUGAGUUAGACGGAUAAAGUUGACAUGUCACUUACCACAAUGGAAGCGCAUUUUACAUAGUGCAUUUCCUGUGUGUGGCAGAGAGGUGUGUGCAUGUCUGUGAUGGUUCAGUGUCUUACUAACAUCAUUGAAAAAUGUUUGCUGGGUCACCUGUGCCCACUCUGUCAGAGCUCAAAACAAGAGCGAGCUCGUCAGAGUGUGAAAAUGACUUUUAGACCAAGCUUCUGAAGCUCGAGACCAAACACUAAAUGCCACAUGGUUCAUUAUACAGAUGUGAUCAGUGGUUGAAUCUCAUGUCAUUUACCUCUCAGUUCAAAUACAAACAGUGAGACAAUAAAAAUUAGAAAUGAUCAUUAUGUAAGAAUUGAAUACUUUUGCUGUGUUUCAUGCAAAAAGAAUGACAUUUGAUCUUGAGGUUCAGAAGCUUUUUUGCUCAUCACAAAAAUAACAAACAUAUGAACAUGUUUUUUUUUUUAACAAUUUUUUUAUUGAGUGGUUCCAGAGUCCAAAUGGGAAAUGUUCUUGCAUCACUUCUAACAAAUUUCCUCUAAAGGUACAGUGUGUAAUAUUAUCAUAAUAGUAUUAAGAGAUACCUGGCAGCUGGAUUCUUAAUUGAAUCACUCCUCUCUUUAGCCUCCCCAGAUAAGCAACAGUGGUUUUUCUCCAUUUUUCAAGAUUUUACCUUUUAAAAAUGUUAGUCAGUACAAGUUCUUCUGCAUACAACAACCACUCUGUUCUUCUUUGUCUGCUAACUGGAGCCUUUAGCACUAACACACAAAAAUAUGUUCCAGGUGUUUGAGUUCAAUACUACAGCAGAAACAUGACGAUGUAUGAUGACUGCUGCCGUGGAGGGGAACCUGCUCCUGUGUAGCUACAAAGGGCUUGUUCUAAGUCUUUAAAAUCAAACAAUUUCUAUUUUCCAACAAUUAUACAAUGAUUUAAACUCACUUAUGAUAAUUACUCCAUUACUGCCAAGUCUAUUGUUCUAAAUGCCACUAAAUACUACACACUGCACCUUUCAGGCACUUAAACUAAUCCUCGUGAAGGGAAAUUGUUAUAUUUUUAACGUAAUUAAUGUUUUUCUCUCUCUUUGUUUCUCCCAACUCUCUGUCUCUCCUUGUACAGCUGAACCGUGCUGCAAAGCCCUCUACGAUUUCGAGCCAGAGAACGAAGGAGAGUUGGGUUUCCAUGAGGGUGACAUUAUCACCUUGGUUAGCCAAAUCGAUGAGAACUGGUUUGAGGGGAGCCUUCGUGGCAAAUCUGGAUACUUCCCCAACAACUAUGUUGAGGUUGUGGUGUCUCUGCCCUAAUGCAAAUAGCCAGGCAAAGAGAGGGGACAGCAGGAUGAAGGGAGGAUGACUGAGGAUCAUCUGUAAUCCAAAAAUAGAUAUUUUUAAAUAAACAUCUCCAGAUAGGGACCUAAAUUUUGUACUAGAGGUGUAACCGAGUUUUUAAAUUAUGUCUGAGUACAUCAAGAUUUAAUGUAUAUUUUUCUAAACUCUAAGGGUGGUUUAAUAAGGAAACAAAGCAGCUAGAUGUCAGGGUGCAUUAUUUUCAACAAACUGACCCCCUCCAUUCACUCUGUAUGCACCUGUGCACUUUGUACACUACACCUCCAUCUACAGGACUGAUUAAGAAAGGUCAAGAGAGAAUGACAGUCAUAGCAUGUUCAUAAGUAUCCAUCAACACUAAGGAGUGCAAAUGCUCUAUUCCUUUUUUAUGUUCACAAGAGGAACCUUUAAACUCUAAUUGUUUUUUUAGAUUUGGUACUACAUGCAUUAUUUAUGAACAUUUGGUGUUUUCUGCACUCCUAGUUUUCACUUCUGUCUUUAGGCUUAAGCGCUGUUGUCAUUAUUGUCAGCCUGUCAACAUGGAGGGCAAACUGCCUUUUUCCCCCAUGUUUUUGACUGUCCUCCAUUGCCCCCUAGUGGUAAUAGAGAGUAUCCUCAGCUAUUUGAUAUAUAGGCACUGAUAUGCACCUCCAUUAUCCAGCACUAAAUCCAUAUGAGGUACUUUGUCUUUUGUUCCAUUGCCUAAAAGUAGCUGAAGGAAGUCAGGCUUUUAAGUUCCUUUUGAUUUUCACACUACUCCUGAUUGCAGACAUUUUGGCAAUUUUAAAAACAUUAUCUAAGGUCAUUGGUGAUAGAAAAGUUGUUUUAUGUUGGUUUUGGAUGGGCAUGCAGGACAAUUUUCAUCUUUAUGAUCUGCAUCCAACUUAAGCAUGCACAUUUGUUUCUAGCUCCUCUUCUCACUGCACUCCAUUCUUCAGUCAUUGAGCUGCUGCCAGAGAAAAGUUGCACAUGUUUUCUGAAACUGCUGUUUGACGUCAAACUUCAAAGGAAACGCAGUUUGCACAGCCAAAGUUUGGGUUUGAUUUAAUCAUUUAAUUGUGGUAAAUGCUAAAAUGUUUUUUUUUCUUCAAUUUGGUGCUUUUUCCAGAAAAAAACAGCCAAACUUUUUUCAAAACAUAACUAUGUAAUGUGUUCCAGCCCUUGCACAGUUACUUAAUGGCACGCCAAAGCCAUAAUCCUUCAGUUCCUCUAUUUUCUCAGGCUGUAUUGAUACUGCUGGCGGUGUCUCCCACAAUUCUUUGUGGGCUUGUACUUAACUGUUUGUCAAUGACUUUGCAGUCUGUGAUUUAUUUUCUGUAUAUGGUGCUGGGGUAAGCUUGGCCUUCGACUCUAACCUCUAAUUUGGUACAGGGAUGUAAGUCUGAUGUGCAUCAGCAGAUUUAAUACCUGUCUUUGUUUUCAUGCUGAAACUGCAGCACACAUGACAGAAAAUGUUAUCUCCAAACUAUUGUGUACAGAUUUUUCUCAUAAUGGGGAAGGACUGCACACAAUAGGGGGUUUCAGUUUCAAUUUUUCCCAUUGAAAGGUGACUGUGAACUGAGAAUGUUUGUGCUGUUCACUUAAAUGCCAACUUUCUCCCCUUGUCAUGAUCCCCUUGUUAGACCACCCCCCGCCCUACUCAUCUCUCCCAUCCCUGGUUUAACUGGGAGUGGAACAGACAGAUCUUUUCAUCUGGGGAGAGCACACAGCAGUAGAUUAUACUCACCCUCCCCUCACUGGUCUUUAUUCACCACCUGCCCCCUUACCCCUGCCCCCUUUCUCAUUAUCCACCCCAUCCCAAUCCCCUGGUGCCUCUGGAGCUCAGCCUCCUGGUCCAUCUCUGGAAUAAUCUCCUCAUUGUUGUCAUCGUAUGUGCCUCUUAAAUGAUAUAUUUGCAUGCCUGCUAUGUUAUUCAUGUGUGUAUGGCCAGAGGCUGUGCUACCCAAUAAGUGUGUGGUUCAGGUGUGUGUUUACACGCCUCAUUACACCAAAUGAAAAAGCACAGAGUUUGAAAGGGGAAUAGAGGAUGGUAGGGGGGCUCAGGCUGAGCUGUAAUGCAGCUUGUAUAAUAUUGACAGUGAUUUAUGUUGUAGAACAAAGAACCUGGAUCAAUUUUUGUGUGCCGCUGUCACAGCUGAAAUAGUUGUCUGAGAGCUGCAGCUGACAUUGAUUGCAACACUACAUUCUGUGAUGGCUCGUAUUGCCUGUAUAGCUUUUAGUGGCUCCUCUUUGCAAUAUUGAUGAAUGAAGUAUUAUCAGACUUUAAAGCUUUAUUUUAUUGGACCCGAUGUUAAUGGAAGUGUUUGUGUUAAAAUGUAAUUGCUUUGCAUGUGUCUUCAUUACGGCCUCUCCGGUCUUCAGUAGUGCUUUAUUUUUGCAACUGUGACAUGGUGGGGAAACCAAAAGUGGGAUUAUCCUGGAUUAUCUUUAGGAUAUAUGGAUUACCUCUACACUAAAUGUAAUCUUCUUUGUAUUAAAUAUUGUAUAUUUUUAUUACUAUGUAAAGGGGAAUGGAGGCUGUUCUUCAAAUAAAUACAGAAACCUGAAAGCGA